AGAAGGGUGAAUGUUUGUGCAAAAGUUUAAUGAAGUUUUCUCUACAAAUACCACGGUUAAGUUUGUAUCGUACGGAUGCUCUGUGCGAGGCGGGUAUGGAGCGCGGGCUCGCUCCGCCGGGGCCUGGCGAGCGGUGACGACAGUCCCUUAAAGCGGCUACUUGACGGCGCUGCCACGUACGGGGAGCCGGCUGCGCAGGGCGAGGGAGAGUUGCAAUGGGCCACACAACCGUAUGCGCGCCGCGGUCCUGAGGCGCCGGUACGACGGGUGGAGCCCGCGGAUACUACGGUGCUUCUGUUCCCGGGACAAGGCUCGCAGCGCGUCGGCAUGGGCCGCAAGUUGGCGCACUUGCCGGCUGCCAGAGACCUUUAUGAACUUGCUUCUAAAAUACUGGGAUGGGAUGUCUGGCGCGUGUGCACCGAAGGCCCAGCGGACGAGCUGAACGCGCGCUGCCAGCCGGCCAUCGUGGUGACGUCCCUGGCCGCGCUGGAGGCGCUGCGCGACACGCGGCCGGCGGCGCUGGAGCGGGCGCGGGCGGCGGCGGGGUUCUCGCUCGGGGAGCUCACGGCGCUCGUGUGGGCGGGCGCGCUGCCGCUAGAGCGCGCGCUGCGGCUCGCCGAGAUACGGCAGACCGCUAUGGCGGCGGCGGCGAAGGAACGUCCUCAGGCUUUGCUAACAGUAUGGCUGGCCGCCGACGCUAACCUGCCUCACGCAAUGCUUCGCGCAAGGGAACACGCAGAAACACGGGGCCUAUCCGACCCUGUGUGUCAGGUCGCCAACUAUCUAUACCCACACUGCAAGGUAGUCGGCGGCGACGAAGAAGCCCUAAAAUUCCUCGAGAAACGCGGCUCAGAGUUCGGCAUUCGGCGCUCAGCGCGCGUCGCUGGUGCCGCCGGUGCCUUCCAUACACCUCUCAUGGCGCCCGUCACUAAUGUACUGAAAGAGGCGCUAAAAUCAUGUGAAGCGGAGGCACCGAGAGUUAAAGUGGUGUCAGCUGUGGAUGCCAAACCUUAUGGCGACGCUAGAGCGGUCCGAAAAACGCUAGCCAAACACGCAGCGUCCCCGCAGCGUUGGGAACAAACGCUGCACGCGCUAUACGCGCGGCCACAUGGCGAGCGCUUCCCGCUCACCGCGGCGCUCGGCCCCGGUACGGCGCUUCGGGCCACGCUCAAACAAGUCAACGCCAAAGCGUGGGACUCCUCCAUACAGAUCGAUGUCUAGACUGACUU